AUGAGGCCGAGCUGGGAGCAGAAGCAGGAUAGCCGCGUGGCGCAAGCAAUCGAGUGUGCCGUGCUGGAUUACGCCGCGCAGCGGUCGGCCGACAUGGCCGAGGCCGAGAAGAAGCGGAGAAAAGUUGAUGAGGCUGAUGGCCUACGCUCGCCCACAAGGUGGAGGGAAACCUUCGCCCAUGCAGGUGGAGGCUUUCUCUGCGAUGGUGGGAUGCUCGAGGCAUGGCUGGACGAGGCCUCUGCCAACCGCUCCCUGGCGUUCGAACUGCUUCAGCUGCAGGACAAGGCCAUGCGCUGGUAUCCCACAGGAGCCCGAAGGCAUUGCGAGUCAUUCAGAGGACGGCUCCUGGAUUCUUCGAAGACCUCGCAGGAUACGAAGCUGCUGAAGCCGCUGAUCACCGAAGAGCUGGCACAGCUCCGUGAGGCUGUGUUCAGCUAUCCGGAGGAGGGGGGUGCGCCCCCUCGACUUUUCCGUGAAGCUGCAAUGACGUCCGACCAGCGACCGGAGGCCGACAAGGACAUCGUGCUGGUGCCAAAGCCGCACCAGCAGUCACACGAGGUGAUUUCGCUGGAGUGA